AUGUACGGUAGGCAAGAUGACGAUGAAGAGGGCGAGCCGCUGGAGCCCAACUGGCCCGAUGCCGUGUUUUCGUGGUGUAUGCGUCUUCAAGAGCGCACAGACAUCGCCAAGAUGGAGCAGGAUCGCACGACAACGAUCAGAUCACGCAUCGGCGGGAUCGCGGGAAGAUGGUUCCCCCUGCACGCAAAGCCGGAGAGUCGCACUCGCAACGAGCACGUCUUAACGCCCAGCGACCCCGCGGACGCGCGUGCAGCUCUGCGGCUCUCCAAGCGGUCCGUCUGCACAUUGUCCUUUCGUCGCCGCUCCGACGAGACCUCCGGCGAGGACGUGACGUGCAUCGGGUGCUCGCGCGGGGACGACGGGAGCGAGCUGGGGCAGUGCGAUGAGUGUCAGACGUGGUAUCACCUGCGCUGUGUCGGCUUCAAGACCAUCGGCGAGCUCGGGCGGGAGGAGGAUCCGUGGUACUGCGACCGCUGCCUCAACAUCCUGCCAGCCUUGCCGCUCCCCGAGCCGACCUUCGUACCCACGGACGACCGGCCGUCUGCUCCCAUCUCCCGACGCGACUCGCUUUUUCUCCGGAACCCGCUCUUGCUAGAGUCCCCGGCACCACAUUUGGAUAGCGACACAGGAGCGGGGACGCCGCGGACUCCGGUGCGAGGAGGCGAUGGGGACACCAGCAACGCCAACCGCACCUUCUCCACGCGCUCCUCUUGGGGCGACUCUUCACGCGCAGGACCAUCUACACCUGACUCGGAGUCGUCCGCGAAGGCCGUGCGGGUGUACCACACGCCCGGGCCAUUCGCACUAGAGCGCGACCAGCUUGACCCAGAGACGCCGUUCGACCCGACCACAAGUGCUCGCGUCUUCCCUACGGUCGUGCAAACUGCGUUGUGUCCAUCUUGA